AUGGUUCUUUUCAUUGAUUUGUACAGCUCUGUGUCUACUGUGAUAAUCUCUUCUAUAAGUAGCAGAAGGAGCAAACCCCAUUUCCUCACCUUCAACCAUUCAUACAAUUCCCCAAAAGACAGAAAGGAUAGUUCCACCAUAAUGGGCUAUCAGUUAUGGCUUAUUAUGUGUGUGAUUUUGGCUUCGUUCAUUGCGAAUUGCAGAACUGUCGAGUCAGCAUACGACGCUGAUAAGAUCAUGAAGUUGCCAGGGCAACCAGAGGUUAGUUUUCAACAGUAUGCAGGGUAUGUGACAGUAGAUGAAAUCCAUCAGAGGAAACUUUUCUAUUACUUUGUUGAAGCUGCGACAAACUCCAGUUCUAAGCCUCUUGUUCUGUGGCUAAAUGGGGGACCUGGCUGCUCUUCAAUUGGAGGUGGAGCUUUCGCUGAACAUGGCCCUUUCAAGCCAAAUGCAGCAGGGGUUCUGGUCAACAAUGUCUACAGUUGGAAUAAAGUAGCAAACAUGCUGUACUUGGAAUCCCCAGCAGGAGUUGGAUUCUCGUAUUCUGCCAAUACUUCUUUCUAUAAAAUGGUCAGCGACUCCAUAACCGCAAAUGACAACAUGGCGUUCCUACAACAGUGGCUAGUCAAGUUUCCCGAAUACAAGAGCAGCGAUCUUUUCAUCACCGGAGAAAGCUAUGCUGGACACUAUGUCCCACAACUAGCCCAGCUAAUUGUGGAGUCUGGAUCAAAUCUCAACUUGAAAGCCAUUGCUAUAGGGAACCCAUUGUUGGAGUUCAACACAGAUUUCAACGAGGAAGGAGAGUACUACUGGUCUCAUGGGUUGAUAUCUGACCAGACCUAUGACCUUCUGAAUACUGUCUGCAACUUCUCCCAGCUCAUAAGAGAAAGCUUGUCAGGCAACGUUUCCAAGCCAUGUCAAUUCGUAAUAAGUCAGCUUGUCGCAGAACUGCCCAACCAGAACUUCGACAGCUACGAUGUCACUUCUGAUGUGUGUUUGUCAGACAGUGGAUCGCAGUUGGGUCCCCAGAAACAGUACUCAUUUUUAGCUUCUAUUUACCAUCCAUUUUUGCCCCUCAAGUCCAACCAAAGUCCUCCCAUAAAGCAGGAAGCUGGUGGAGAGUCAACAGAUCUUUGUGUACAAGAAUGGACUUACACAUAUUUGAACAGAAAAGAUGUCCAAGAAGCUAUGCAUGCCAAGCUUGUAGGGAUCCUCAGAUGGAUCGACUGCACCGAUGUGUUGAAUUAUGACCACAACAGUUUCGAGAUUCCAACUAUUGAAGUGCUGGGUUCAUUGGUAAAAUCGGGGAUUCGAGUGCUAGUCUACAGCGGGGAUCAAGAUUCGGUUGUCCCGUUCAUCGGGACGAGGAUUCUGGUGAAUCGUUUGGCAACAGAGACGGGGUUGAAUACAACCGUGCCAUACAAGGCAUGGUUUGAUUUUGACAAACAGGUGGGUGGAUGGACGCAAGUUUAUGGGGGAAACAAUAAGCUGUCAUUUGCAACCAUUAGAGGUGCCUCUCACAUGGCUCCAUUCUCAUCUCCCAAGAGGUCACUCGCAUUAUUUGCAGCAUUUGUUGCUGGGAGACCACUGGCAGCUUGAUCUCUCUCAGACAUGGAAACGUGAAGAUGAUUGGUUUCACACUCUCGAAAUUUCCAAACUGUAGUUUUACUUUUCUCGAGGGGUUUCGAUUAUGCAUAUCUUUGUAUUAUCAAUGAUUUAAUGUCGCAUUUGAAUCAAGAAAUCAAUCAAUAAAUGUCAUGAGUAUUCAUAAACCCUGCUGAAUGUUAGGGCAUCGCAGAAUCACUCAUUGUAGUUUCAUCAUUCAUGGGUGAUAAAAUGCCUUGUAUUUGUCAUCUUAGUGAAUCAAACUAUGUGUCUUGUUUUUGGUUUCCUGAUCUUUGUUUCAGAGCCAUUCCAGUUAAAUUGUUGGA